CUUACGUCCAGGCACCAUGGCUUCGGUUGGACCCGAGCCCGCUGGUCUAGCCAAGGGCAGCGUAGAUAAAGGUGCAUCCACAAAGAAAGAGGAACUUGAUGCAGCAAUCAACGGAGAGGAGAAACCAGAUGGAGACAACGAGAUAGCUGUCAGACUGUCUUCUUCCCCUCCAGCAGAGACGAUGCUUAACGGCACCGAAUGCGACGCCACGAGGCAAAAGAGCCCGGCACACGGCUCUGCAACCGCCAACAACAAGACUUUGCUGUUGCUAAAUGAAAAUGGCACGUCGGACGUGGAGCCACCGCACGGUUCUGUUACUGGAAGCAACGGAUUCAUUCUCACCAAGCAGCAGCAGCAGCAGGACGGCGGCUCGGCAGCGAAGCCGGGUUCGGGAGUUUCCCCACACAGGACUAACUGGUUGCCUUCGGGCUCACCGACAGGGGGACACACGGCCAAAUCUCCCCUGGCCUCGGCGUCUGGGUGUGCACAGAGUUCAGGUGCGCUAAGGACUGACCCCAGUACAGGGACUACGUCGGGACAGGAGACACCAGACACUAAGAACGGCACAGCCUCGUCUCCUGCCCCGGCUCCAGCACCCGUCACGAUACAUAGAGCGCGUAAGACCAUGUCCAGACCUGCUGUGAGCCCGGCACAAAAGCUUCUUAACAGGGAAUUAAGAGAAGCGAAGAGUGCCAAAAUGGAGAAAAUGGAGCCUCAUGUUUCACCUGACGCUCAGAAAUCCUCGCAGCAGCCCUCCGUUCAGAACCAUCUACCUCAGAGUCCACCGGAAACGCCAGCUUCAGCACAAACUGCUUCAUCAGCUUCACCAGCACCUCCUGCAGCUUCUACAACACCUCCGGCUCCUCCAGCUCCUGAGGAUCCUCCAGAUCCCCCGGCUUCUGCGGCUCCUCAAGCUUGUCCAGCUCCUCCAGCUCCAGCCAAGCUCCAACUAGGUCUGUACUCAGGAGGAUUGUCAUCCCGGAAGAAGAAGAGGAGGAUGGGAAUGUACAGUCUGGUUCCCAAGAAGAAAACCAAAGUGCUUAAGCAGAGGACUGUGCUGGAAAUGUUCAAUGAACUACAGCAGUCUGCCAAGAGCCCCCAGGCUAAAGAGGUAGCAAACAUAAAUGGCGAGAAGGUGGAAAAUGCAUCUGAAGAGGAAGAGUCAGAAGAGGUGGAAUCUGAGGAAGAGGAGCGACAGCAGCCAACAGAAGGACCUGUCAGUGCUGUCCAGGAAGCAGCAUCUGAACCCAUCUCUCAGGUGGGAGAUGAGCAGGAGUCUGAAGAGUCUGGAGAAGAAGAGGGAGAGGAGGAGGGCACAGAGUCUGACUUGAGCACAGAGUCCAGUCUGAAGAAGAAGUUGAAAAAGAAAAUAAAGAGAGACAGCGCGUGGCUCAGGCCGUCCAGGAAACGGAAGAGGAGGAUAAAAGCCAAAGAACUGGAAGCAGUGGAUCAGCCUCAGGCUUCAGCUCAGGCUUCAGCUCAGGCUUCAGCUCAGGCUUCAGCUCAGGCCGAGCUGGGUGAUGGGAAGGAGCGCACGCAGAUUUCCUCACCCGAGCCCGUCAACUUCAACAAGCCCCAAGAGCCAACGGUUCCCUCACAGAACAAAGAAAUUUCAGGGUCAGCGAUCGAGGAGGCCCAGGAGCUUCCGCUUUGCAGCUGCCGCAUGGAGACGCCCAAGAGUCGAGAGAUUCUCACGCUGGCAGACAGGAAGUGCAUGGCCACGGAGAGUGUUGACGGACAGCUGACCCGCUGCCAGGGUGCCAUACUGAAACAUGAAAUGAUGCGUCCCUCCAACUCUGUUCAGCUGCUGGUUCUGUGCGAGGACCACCGCAACGGCAUGGUGAAGCACCAGUGCUGCCCCGGCUGUGGCUUCUUCUGCAGGGCUGGGACCUUCAUGGAGUGCCAACCAGACCUCAGCAUCUCUCACCGUUUCCAUAGUGCUUGUGCCUCGGUGCUGAAAGGUCAAAGCUUCUGUCCCCACUGUGGAGAGGAGGCCAGCAAGGCCAAGGAGGUCACCAUCGCCAAGGCCGACACCACCUCCACCGUUCCCCCCGUGCUCACACAUGGACCUGCCACGCCCGGGGUCCCCGAGGGCCGAGCAGACACCACCACUGGCAGCUCCUCUCGUCUGGCUGUGGGGGCUGAAGUCAGCGGCAGGGCCGACAGCUCGCUGUCUAUUCGUUCUGCACACGGACUGGACACCUCUGCCAUUCCUGGUUCAUCCAGGACCUCAACACUGCUGGCUGGGUUGGGGACAACGGUGCCACCUGCAGUCCCUCAAGGACCACCUAAAGAGACACUAGAGAGCAUCCUGGUGGCACUAGACACAGAGAAGCCAAAGAAGCUGCGUUUUCACCCCAAACAGCUUUACCUCUCAGCCAAACAGGGAGAACUCAAGAAGGUCUUGCUCAUGUUGGUGGACGGUAUCGACCCUAACUUUAAGAUGGAUACUCAGAACAAACGCACCCCUCUCCACGCUGCAGCAGAGGGGGGAUACAAAGACAUCUGCCACAUGCUAGUACAGGCGGGAGCAAAUUUGGACAUGUGUGACGAAGAUCAGCGGACGCCACUGAUGGAGGCCUGUGAGAACAACUACAUGGAGACGGUCCAGUACCUGCUGAGAGCUGGAGCCAGUGCUACGCACAAGGAUGUUGAAGGAUUCACAUGUCUCCAUCUAGCGGCAAAGUCUGGCCAUUACAACAUUGUAGAGCACCUUCUGUCCACAGGACUAAUCAACAUCAACUGUCAGGAUGAUGGAGGUUGGACAGCCAUGAUCUGGGCGACAGAGUACAAGCAUGUGGACCAGGUGAAUCUGCUUCUGUGCAAAGGAGCUGACAUCAACAUCAGGGACAAGGAAGAGAACAUCUGCCUUCACUGGGCAGCGUUCUCAGGCAGCGUGGAGAUCGCUGAGCUGCUCCUGAACGCCCGCUGUGACCUGCAGGCUGUCAACGUCCACGGAGACUCUCCUCUGCACAUCGCUGCUCGGGAGAAUCGCUUAGAAUGCGUCACGCUUUUCCUGGGUCGAGGAGCAGAUGUGUUUCUGAAGAACCGCGAGGGAGAAACUCCUCCAGACUGCUGCAGCCACAACUCCAAGGCCUGGGCGACCCUGCAGGCCAACAGGAGGGAGAAGGACGCCAAGAGCAACAGGCUCUCUCGAGUGGAGGAAAAAGUCCUUCAGAGUGAUAUAGGUCUGGGGCAGGAGAGGGUUCCCCUUCCCUGUGUCAACUCUGUCGACAGUGAACCUUACCCAGAUGACUACAAAUACAUCCCGGAAAACUGUGUCACCUCCCCCAUGAACAUCGACAGGAACAUAACACACUUACAGUACUGUGUUUGUAAAGAAGACUGUUCGACAAGUAUCUGCAUGUGUGGGCAACUCAGUCUGCGCUGCUGGUACGACAAGAGAGGUUGUCUUCUACCUGAAUUCUGCCGUGAGGAGCCUCCUCUCAUCUUUGAGUGCAACCAUGCGUGCUCCUGUUGGAGGACUUGCAAGAAUCGCGUAGUGCAAAAUGGAAUCAGGACCAGGCUUCAGCUCUUCAGGACCAGUAAGAAGGGCUGGGGUGUCCGUGCAGUACAGGACAUACCACAGGGGACCUUUGUAUGCGAGUACGUAGGUGAGAUCAUCUCGGAAGCAGAAGCAGAAAUGAGGCAGAAUGACACUUACCUGUUCAGCCUGGAUGAUAAGCCACAAGAUCUAUACUGCAUCGAUGCUCGUUUCUAUGGAAACAUCAGCCGCUUCCUCAAUCACAUGUGCGAGCCCAACUUGUUUGCCUGUCGAGUGUUCACAACGCACCAGGACCUUCGUUUCCCACACAUUGCCUUCUUUGCCAGUGAGAACAUCAAGGCUGGAGAGGAGCUUGGAUUUAAUUACGGCGACCACUUCUGGGAAGUCAAAAGCAAGUUGUUCAGCUGCGAAUGCGGCUCUUCCAAGUGCAAGUACUCGUCGGCGGCCAUGGCGUCACUGCAGGCGGACAGCACACCGGAUGGCCAACAGCAGCCCAGUGCAUCACCUGACACCAGCUCUUCCAACAGUCCCUCCAGUCCUUCCUAAAAAAGAACCCCUCCUCACACUAAACUCAACCACAUGUACACACAGCUGAUGGGACAAAUAAGGACACCUGUGCAAUGCACCUGUCUGAACUUUUAUCAAUGAACUUGUACUGUAUCUCCACUUCUGAUUCAAACCAUGGACCUUCGUGAGAACCCGUUAAAAAGUUGUCACACAGAACCAGAUGCACAAUCAAAUCCUGGAAGAACUUACUGCUCCUUUAUUCCACCUUGUGUACCAUGAACAGCAGGGGGCAGAGUCAUCACGCACAGCAAACACAUGGGGACAAUACAAAGACAGUCUGUAACGUCAUACAUAAUGUCACACAUGACUUUACUGGGAAGGAGAAUUGUGCAUUUUGUCUUUUUUUUUUUUAAGGUGGGUUGAAAUUGUUAAAUGGCUUUUUCUAUUGAGUCAUGAUCAAGGAACUUUGGGGUCGGGAUGAGGGUCUCGUCUUUUGGGAAGACAACCUCAGCGUACAGCUGGGAGUUUAACUUGUUUGACCAUUUGCGGUCAUUUAUCAUGAACCAUUCCAGCAAGAUUAGCUGAUAAAUAUUGAACUAUGUUGCCACUUCUUUGUGUCACUUCAUCUUUGUUGCAGUGUUUGAACAGACAUCUUCAACAUUUGCCACCUUAGUUGAUUAUGAAUUGACGAAUUACCUGAAAUGAUGGGAAUGACAGGGGCGUGGUGCAAAAAAGUGGACUGUUUUUUUUUAUGCUACUCAAGCGAGUAUAGAUUGUCUGAGAGAAAGAUGCUGUACCAUUCCUCAAAAGCGAGGGCGUUUCUAGUCUGAAUAAAUUGGUUGACCGUUUUAUUAAGCAUGCUGCCACAGUUGUGGAAGAAUUGAUUAAACUAAAUUAGAGUUUAAAACAAGAAAAAAUGGUGCUGACAAAGGUUUUUACUUUUGUUUUCCUUUUUAUUACCCAAGUGAACAUAGUUUGUAAGAUAAGAGAACGUUUUACGUUUUUUUAUGUUUAAUUUUAACUCCACUUUUCUAAGAGUAGUUACUGUAGUCGGGCUAUUUUUGUUUCAUGGUUUUGCCGCCAGAAGCCAACCAGUCUUUUUAAAUGUUGUUAGUAAAGCAGUGACUGUCUUGAAAGGUAUAAAUGAAAAAAAGGUUAUAAAAAUGCAAUUCAUAACGUUCUGUUACAUAUUUCUGGACCGUGAACCAUCCAUCUAAUUGGUUGUAUCUUUUUCAAUAAAUUUACUACUAAUGCA